CGUUACACCACAUUUGUACUGCGUACACUAGCUCCAGCACGGCGGAAGCCUCAAGGUUAGGUACCACCACCACCACUUCACGCAUGAACAGAAACUACCUUACUACUCCCGCCGAGCUCACUCUGCACCAACUUCGUCAGAUCGCAAGUCCAACACCUGAGUACUUCAGUGUUAAUUUCGUGUGGACAGAGUGUUCCAGAUGGCAUCAAAUCGAAAGUAUGCUGCCCUGCCGGACCUGGAUUCCGCGCCAGACAUAUACGAAACACCAGAAUUAACUGACGACAAUUCCACAGUUCCGCCUACAACGGUGAGGUCACCCUCUGAUAACGAGUUCGAUGAGGAAGAAGAUGAUUCUGCCGCCAUUUCCCGGUCGCGUCUCCGGAUCGAUGAGGCCCGUUCGAGGUUCAUGCCUGCUGCGGUAGACGCCAGCGAUGUCGACUUCUCAGACCGGCUCAGCAGCAAGAGGAAGUCUUACAAGUCUGCAAGUCGGCGACAACGGAUUCUAGAGGAUGGCACUGAGGAGCUGGGCGACCUAAGUGACGAGGAUGGCGCAGAAAACUUGGCCAGAAAGCUUGCACGGCUAAAGCGCGAAAUUGAGGAGGCCAAGGAGGAGUAUGAGAAGCAGAAGGCUGCGGCAGAGCAGCCCAAAGCAGAGACAGCGGGCCAGGACGAGGAGGAAAUCGAAUCCCUGAGCAGGACCUUGGAUGAGAUGUCAAAGCUCGAUGACCUGCUUGCGCCUAGAACGGCGCCAGCAGGGCCAGCCAAGUCUGUUCGCAUUGAUGAGGGGCCGUUGGAAGCCACAGAAGGCUUCGCGAGCUACACUGUUACCUAUGCACCAACCUACGAGGAAACACAUGCGCUAGCAAAGGCAGCCGAUUUCGAUCACCGGCUCGUCAUUCUGGAGAAGGCCCUAGGGGUUGGAUCUCCAGAGAUGCCCGAGUUCGACUCGAACGGCCUACCGAGAGCGAUACUGCCUAUCUUGGAGACUCUCCACAAUCAGGUCAAGACCUUAUCAGAGGCCUCGACAUCCUCUUUGGACAGCAUUACUCGCAGAGUCCGGACCUUGGCACAGGAGGCUGAAAAUCUAGAGAAAGCGCGCAAGAAUGCAAAGGCAGCUCACGAGGCGCUUGCAUCGACAGGCGCAACGCCAGUGAUGGAUUCAACUGCGGCCGAAGACUCGGAGCUGACGGCCAAGAUCAACGCCCUCUACGGAACCAUCCCAACGAUCGAGAACCUGACGCCUCUACUGCCUCCUCUACUGGACCGUCUAAGGUCUCUCAGGGUGAUUCAUUCCGAUGCCGCUACAGCAUCGGAGACGCUGGCACGUCUAGAAGCAAAGCAGGCCGAUAUGGCGGGUGAUAUUCAACAAUGGAAGGAAGGCCUAGAAAAGGUCGAAGCAGCCAUGAAGCAUGGAGACGCUGCCAUGGUCAAAAACAUGGACGUAAUGUCGGGAUGGAUCAAGGAGUUGGAGGCAAAGAUGGCGAAGCUGAAUUGAACGCCAUGGCUGUCGUGUCCAAGUAAGAUAUCCAGCAUUAAGGCGAAAUGCUUAUCACGAACGCCUUGUUGUCUGCAAGAGCCCAACUGAACCUGGGCGCAUCACUGUGCAAUCUUCUCCAAGACGUGCAAAUAGAUGAAGACAUGAGGUCGAGAUUGCCUGCUUCAAACACCAUUGGUAUGUCCGACUUGUAUUUACUACUGCCACUGCAAAAAGUCGAGGGCUUGUCGUACCAACUGGUACUCUAGGACGAGAACCCUGGC